CCCUGCCAGAGCCAAUCCGCGACUGGGUGUAAGUAGGGCAAGCCGCUUCCUGGUUCUCAGAAAGAAGGAGCCUGGAGUUGGAGUAGACCAGCGGAGGCAGAACACAUACAAGGGGGGGAAGCACCGCGGAGAGCCGGAGGUCUGCAGGGAAGACCCGCAACACGACAAACGCUGACCCACGAAAUAUUAAAAACCUCCCAGGUGUCGCGCUGAGGACGACAAGAGCGGUUCCCCCGGUAGAAAAGAAAAGAGCCGUGAGGAUAAAAAAGAAUAAGUAGAAGAAGUCGGCAGGGUGGGACGGAAUAAUCCAGGAAGUGUGGAGGCCGGUCAGGUGGGAGGCGACGAGUCUGAACAGGUGACACACCGGCACUCAGCACCGGCAACCCCAUAGCCUCCCUCCUUCCCGGUUCUCAUCGGGGUCACGGGAGGACUAUCCACGUCACGGGUAUUCGGUGUAUGACCUCUGCUGACCUCCAAGCAAAGGACCAAAGGGAAGGGGGAAGAGCAAGAGGCCGAAGACAGCAGGCACCCAUCUUCUCCUGGGUUUAUGGACCGGAGGUGGCGAUGUCUCCAGGAGAGGACGGCCUGAUUGGGAUCCCCUUCCCGGAGCACAGCAACGAGCUCCUGUCCCACCUCAAUGACCAGAGGAGGACAGGACUCCUGUGUGACCUCACCCUGACGUCCCGCGGGGCACGCUACCCAACUCAUCGCUCUGUCAUGGCCGCCGUCAGUCUCUACUUCCGCCGGCUGUUCGGGGGAGAGGAGGGAGGCGGCGAGGGCGGAGGAGGUUUCAGUGUGUGUCAGCUGGACUGCGUGGCCCCCGACGCCCUGGACGCCCUGCUGGAGUUCGCCUACACCGCCACCCUGACCAUCCCCGGCUCUGGGAUGAGAGACGUGCUGCGAGGGGCUCAGCUUCUGGGCAUCCAAUGUGUGGCUGACGCCUGCAGAGACAUCCUGGGGGAAAAGGCAGAGGGGGAGCCGGCGGAAGAGCCGAGAGCCCAACACACAGCCACAGAGAGGAUUGCAGUGGGGGACAUCAGAGUGGAAAGAGGGUCCCGAAGAAAAACGGACAGAAAAAAGAUGAAAAGAAUUGGGUCGAAUCACAUGAACUCGUCGUUUCUGAACCCACCACCUGCUUCUCCCGUCUCACACCCUUCGCCUGCAUCCGACAGCUUCCGCUCCCUGCCGUCGACCGGGCCUCCCAGCCCCGAACACAGGCAGAACGGAGAUCCAAGGGCCAUUAGAAGGCCAGGCAGAGGGCCCACAAUAAAUGGAGGACCCCCUCCCUGGCUGCAUGAGCGCUCCCAUAUAGCCAACCAACCUCCUGUACCGCCUUUGAGUGACAAGCUGUCAGAGGAGGAGGACAUGGAGAGUUUUGGCGAUGAUGGUAAGCUGAUGGAGAGCACCUCAGUACCUACCUCUAUAGCUGAUCAAGGAGCAGGGGCCACGGCAGGGGGAGCAGGGAGGAAGAGGAAGUCUCAAACGCCUCAGCAGUGCCCCGUCUGUCAGAAGAUCAUCCAUGGAGCAGGAAAACUGCCCCGACACAUGAGGACACACACCGGGGAGAAGCCCUUCCAGUGCUCGGCCUGUGGAGUCCGUUUCACACGGAAUGAUAAGUUGAAGAUCCACAUGAGGAAACACACAGGCGAGCGCCCUUACCCCUGCCCACACUGCCCCGCCCGGUUUCUCCACUCGUACGACCUCAAAAACCACCUGUCCCUCCACAGCGGGGCGAGACCCUUCGAGUGCCCGCUCUGCCACAAGGCCUUCGCCCGAGAGGAUCAUCUCCAGCGUCACCGCAAGGGCCACAGUUGCCUGGAGUUGCGCACACGCCGACCCAGACAAGGGGAAGAGCUCGGGGAGGAUGAGGGAGGGGAAGCAGGCGGGAGGGAGCAGGCCAACACUCUGGAGGCUCUACAGGCCCACUCCUCUGCAUUCCCCCAUCACAGUUUGCUGGAUGCUGGGAGUGGGUCCGGGGCCGGCCCCCAGCUGAUGUUUGCAGGUGACGCCGAGAGGGAGCGGGCUCUCGCCCUUCAGGCUUUGGCUCACCUCGGGCCCAACAGGCUGGCCAACUUCCCCGAGCUCUUCCUGAGGAGUCUGGAGCUGCGAGUGGGCAGAGAGGCGGAGGGAGAAGAUCCAGGAGGAACCCCCUCACCCGCCGCACAGCGCGACCGAUGGGCUGACGAAGUUGAAGAGGAAAUUGGAGAAGAGGAAGAAGAAGAAUAGGGAAAAGAAAGCGUGUGUGUGUGCGUGUGUGUGUGUGUUUGUGGUAAAGCAUCCACAGUAAAACAAAUCUCACUCAGCUGGUUGGACUAAUGACCUGCUGCUCCGAUAUAGAGAGCGCUUAAAUAAUAUGAUGUUAAAAUGGAAAACGGGUUUUCUUAGAUAUUUUAAUUGUUUCUCUUCUGGCUCUUGGCAUUUUUAUUUUCAUUUGUCUUUAAGAUAUUAUUUCUUGUUUGCUUCUUUAUGUGUUUCACUUUGAUUCUAUUUUUCUAGCUGAACAUGCCUCUGCUGCGUGUGGUGACUGGGAUGCUUUUCACUAUGCAAACUAAAAUCAAGAGCUGCGACAUGAAGGGAUAUUUAAAGAUGUUUAUUUUAGUUACAAUAUAAAUGUAUUGAUUCAGGUGCAAUUCAGAAGUCACGUCACCUAGAGAUCACAUGAGUUUGUAUGCUCACUGUCCUCUGGUGGUAAUCAGUGGAAAUGCAGUCAAAUUAAUCAAACUGUUCGGUACAUUGUAAGCAAUAAUUUUCGGUCUGUCUUUUCUUGUUUGGUAAUCUAUGCUUUGAUUUGAUUUGGUGCUUGAACCAAAGAUUUUUAGUUGAACUGUUUUCUUUACAGGAGAGGAGACAGGUGAAUUGUAGCCAAUGUUGGGUUUGAAGAGAAGACUCUUCCCAACUCUUUUGAAAGCCAUGAGAAAAGAUUUGCUUCCAUGUUUGAGUGUGUCAGAGCCGUAGAGCUCUGUGUUAAAUGCCUGACCAAAAGAGACAAAGUCUGGGUCAAAGAGAUCCUUUUGAUUAUGUUGAAGACUAUUCUUCUUUUUCCAGAGGCCGUGGAUUUCAGUCUUCCAAUGCACUCAUUUGGUUCCCUUGUUGGGGCAAAAAGAAGAUUGAGAUGGCAUUCCCUUUUUCUGUACUUAUUUAUUUAUUGUUAUUUAUUAUGGAUCUUCUGCUGACACUUUUAAGUGAGACCAAAUUCAAGUGUGGCACCCAGAACACAAAGUCUUACAAGAAGAUGCAUUGCGCUUAAGAUUUUGAACCAACAUCUCCAUAUCAUUUAACGCCUUUUUUAUGGGCUGCGUGUCUUCUUUUGGCAAAUCUUCCUCGAAUGCAUUCUUUGCACAUUAAACCCCGUCAGGUACUGCAAUAAUACACAUUCCAUCCUCCGGGGGAGAGAGAAGGGAACAGAGGUUCAAACCUUCCAUGUAACUGGAACACAAAAUAACUUUGCUGUUUUACAUUUUGUUGUUUGUGUAACAUGUAUAGUACUGUAUCACAUGUUGACAUGGCAGUUCUUACAGAUCGGCCUCCGCUGUGUGUAAAGGGGCCAUUAUCCUUUGAGUUAAACUAUCUUCGACCAAAAAAACCGUUUUAGUUUCUUCAUGCUUUCCCUGGACCAGUACAUUCAGGCCUUUUUGAAAGGUUUAAUGCAAUCAUUAAUGGCUUUAAGCGACGGAAGUCUUUUUGUUUCCAAUUCUCUCCAUGUAGUCAGAACCUGUGCUGUUCUGGCCUUGUGUGCACUAUCUGCUCCUUGUGGUGUAGUAAAUCAUUUUUUUAUUUCCAGUUUAUUUGCACUAUGAGAUUUAAGAGCUUUAAGCCUGAUUGUCUGACCUUCGAUAUCUUGUCCAUUAACUCACUCGAUACCAUUUAAGAUUGUAAUUGAAAUUUUCUUUAAAACCUGCAUACAUUGAAUAUUCUUCCUCCUGCAUAAUAGCACAGAGUUAUAGUCAAUAUAAUAUAUAUUGGGAUAAAGUUGCCUUAGAUAUAAUUUGUUUUGUGCUGCAACUACUCUCAGGAAAUCUUGAGCAAUGCACUAAGUGAUUAUAUAAAAUGGGAAGACAUUGUCUGGUGCUGCAGGGUGAUUGACACGCUUCAUGUAAAUGUAAGGCCAGUAGUUUCAAAAUGACAUUUUGUAUCAUGUUAUGGUUGAAAACCUAAUUCAUUUAACCUAUUGUGAGAAAAUAAUCGGGAAAUAAUAGCAACGCCAGUUAACUACUGGCCCUACUGGAACCAGUCCUACUGGAAUGGCAGUAUGACAGUUGGUCCUGUUCAUGAAGGGUGUUGGUGCUCCCUUCAUGUGAAUGAAAGAGGGUUAACUGAUGCCAGCUGUGAAGUGCGCGUUUCUAUGUGAGCUGUUUGUUUUCUCGGCUUCGGUGAAGGGACACGGGGUCCGGUCUUUAUAGAGACCCCGCUAUCAGGGAUACAUUUUUGUCUUUCAGUCUUUAGUGGAACCUUCUCAUAGAUAUUAAUUCAUUUCCCAUCAUUUGUUUCAGUUUAUGUUAAGAAAAUAAAUAAACAUAUCUAAGCUUGA